UGCGCUCCCUUUACGGGACGGCUCCUCACAGACGAUAGCCCAGAAACCGACCUCCUAUCGCUCCUCCCAGCGUUAAGACGGACGGAGGAUGACGAUCUGGAAUACCCCGCCGCGACCUACCAGCCGACCGAAAUUCUGGAAUGGGUGAACGAGGAGCUUAAUAUCGACCGAUUAAAAGAUAUCUUCGACUGGCUAUGGAUCGUAGGUCGGCCCAUGCCACCGCGUUCGCUUCACUACCAGCGCCUCCUUAACCGAGAGGUUAUAAUUACGGAGAAGCUGGAUAUGCAUCUCGUGUGGACGAACGGACGCAUCUUUAUCAAGCCUCUGCCACGUUAUCUCCUUGAACAGCGCUUUUGGGAAAAAUACCUGUGUUCUCACGAGGUGCCUCUCACGAGCAUAGUAUACGAGCGUGCACUGGGUUUUCUCUUCUCGUAUGCAGCGCUCAUGAUGCAUGAGAGCGACUUCCAUAUUGCGAAGGAGAUGCACCUCAUCCCUGAAGAGGUGCAGUGGCCGGCGUGGAGGGUUGCCAUUGGACAGCUGUUGGACGGUCCUUCCAUCUACUCCCGUAUCGACCCACGUUUCCACUAUGGAGAGCUCCGCCUCAGCCGGCUUAACAAGAUCUACUUUUUCUGGCGGAAGCCGCUCGGCGGCUACACGUCUCGCUGGAACCAGUAUGGCUCGUUCUUUCACGACAACUUUGCGCUACUAGCCAGCUCGACCGUCUAUAUUGCUGUCGUCCUGACGGCGAUGCAGGUCGGUCUUGCCACGGAGGCCCUCCAGGGCAAUGAAGCAUUCCAGUCGGCCUCGUACGGCUUCACCGUCUUCUCCAUAGUAGGGCCGCUGGCCGCUGCCGUUCUAGUCGUUGUGGUGUUCUGCUACCUGUUUAUUGGCAAUUGGGUUGCAACACGACACUACAGUAGGGAAAGAUUAAAGCGAAUUCAGGGUCGGUAAACCUGGCCUCGACAUCAUCAGCGGCUGGGUGGCCUCAACCGGUGAGGGGUUAAUACGGCUCGCUAGGUGACGCGGUAAUAAGAAAGUCUUGUACAACAGUCUAGGUCUAUGAGGCUUGCUUAUGCGUCACGUCGCUGUACCUAGACCGAAAUGGGAAUACCGUCCUCGUCAAAGGCUGCCCUUCAUUCGUAGGUAUGCAUCACUAUCACUGUGCCACGACGUAUAUGUGCUUCUUGCGACCUGCACGAUGCUGGGGCAUAAGCCGCAUUGCAUAGAUAAUUGGCCACAGAAGCAGAAAACCAUGGGGUUGGUUGAGUGCUGUCUGUCGUAAUCAGGGUUGAAGUGAGGCCGGUCAAGGGUCUAUCUUUUCUUUUCUUUCUUGCCCCCCAUUCCGUCGUUGCCAUGCAAA